UUUUAGUGGAAGUAGUCAACUGAAGAUGGAAACGAUGAGACUGGAACGACCGGAUGCGAAUGAUACUGAGGAAGAUUUGCUCCGGAUGCAGAAGGAGAUGAUCAAGAAAAGAUGCAAGAAACAAACCCCCGUUAAGAAAAAUUCCUUCGCUGAAAAAAGUCAACAAAUUGAUAAACUCGCUGGUCGUUUCUGUCUUGAUCUUGACUCUUUAGUUGAAGAGAAAGCAAAUAUCAUGGAACUUACUGUGCAGGAGCGAAAUGUAGACUUUUUGGAUAAUAUUGAUCAGUUAGACGAUUGUUCAAAUCCAAUAAAAGGUGGAGAGUAUGCGAAAGAAGAAGGAUUUCCUGAUGUCUUAGACUUGUCCAGGUAUUAUAAUGGCCUUGGUAAUUCUGUAAAAAAUUUGUCAGCAAAUGGAAAAAGCUUUUUUGCAAUAGAGUUCGAUAGGAUCCAUGGUAGAAUCGAUGAUUGCGAUAGAGCUGAAGCUUCAACUUCAGUUACUACAAAAUCGAUUGACGAUAUCAACGAUAUAAGAGAAAUUGAGCUCGAGAACUUGCGAAGGAUAGAGAAAAUGAGCAAACAAGAGAUUGAGAAGGCGAAACAAGAAAUUGUGGAACGUUUUGAUCCAAAAUUGCUGGAUUUCUUACGAAACAGAGCAAAAAAAGAACAGCAGCGAAAAGCGAAAGAAAUUGAACCAAUACCUCAGCAGACAAGGAAAUCAUCUGACACAACAGUUAGUGUAACAUCAGAUGUCUGUCUUAGUACGAAUCAGGAAGUCACCAAUAAGAUCAAAGAGCUAGAAAUAUUUGAUUUGGAACAAAGCCCAACAUUUCACAAGGAUUCAGUGAGUAAAUUGGAUGACCCAUACGUACGAUUAGCAGCGGAUGCAGCCCAAAUAGAUAUGGCAACGAAAUGCCUGCGUACAAUAUUGCCACGACAGCAACAAAAUAUAAUCAAGCUGUUUGAUAAUUUACGAAUGCCACCAAAAGAUUAUGCUGGUGAUGAUGAUUUGUUGGAGAAAGCUCGGGCUAACUUGAAUGCAAUCAAAGGUCUAUACUUGGAACAGAGGAAAGAUGAGCAUGGCAAUUUAUCAGUUCACUUCGCUAAUGGUAUAGAUCCGUUUGGAAAAGCAGCGUGGAUGUUGUCCCCUAUUCGUAAAGUUCUGGAUGUUAUGCAAAAGGACGGGAAAUCAACUGCGCAAGAUCUUGUGGUAGUGCGACUGUCACUGUUUUGGACUUUAUUAGUUAUGGUGGAAAGACCUACUCUGUAUUAUGCUUUUGUCACGCCUGGUGAAGUUUUUGUUCGUUUAGCGGAAAUUUUUGUAAUGGGUCCUGAAAUUUUCAAAGAUGAAUGUGUUUCACGGUGUCUGAGUCGAUUUUUGCAUAAUUAUUUGGAACCGAAAGCUCGUAAAGGACUUUUGUGCUUGGUAUUAAAAGAGCCUAUUGCUGGAUUGGAUGCAUUUGGACCAUUCUACGAAGAUCUUCUUCAUCAUUUUGAAGAGUUUUCUGUGGGCGAUGAAAAUUUCACAUUAUUUAUCUUACUUGGCGCUUAUGCCAAUGAGCGGCCUUUAGAUAGUUUAUUGAUGAAGUGCGCUGUUUGGGCACCGGAUAGAAAUGUUGUUCGACAGAUGAUCUUAAAAAAAGAUUCUGGUGACUUUUUACUGAAUUUGGUGACUGCUCGUCAAAAGGAUGAGGGUGAAGUUACUGAGAGGAAAUAUUUUUCUCAGUUAGAAAAGUUGCUUCUUAUUUAUGCUGCAGCAAUUCGGGACAGUAUUAUUAUGAGCAGUCGUAACCAACUUGUAUACGAGAUCGCAUCGUCUGAGUUGGGAUACUUCAUUAAGCGGCAUGCGACAAGAAACGUCCAUGAGAAGAUUGACAUGGAAGUAAUGAAGCAGUACAAUACUUUGGCUGUUACACUUCAGCAGUCUUUAGCCGGUUGUUCAGAUUUUCCAGUUGAAAUGAAUCAUAUCCUUUACUUAUUUGUAAUUCUGUCUCAGUACUUUUACUCAUUUUAUUCGUCUUGUGGUUCUCAACAUUUGCGGAAGAUUUGA